AUGGCCAUGCUGGCGUCGAAAUCGUCAUUUCCGACCGGCCUCAGCACCUCCAGCCUCGCUCCUACACCACAGUCCGCCAUGCUCCCCCCACGAAGAGCUCCCACGAUGCCCACGACGAGUCAGAUCUAUGCUAGCCCUACCGAGUCUGACUUCUCGGAUGCCGACGGCCCCGAUUCAGUCAAGAACUGGGACGAGGACAAGGUGUGCGAGUAUCUCCGCAGCGUCAAGUGUGGCGAGUAUGAGAAGCUGUUCCGGAAGAACCACAUCAAUGGCGAGAACCUCCUCGAGAUGGACAAGGAGGUCCUCAAGGAAAUGGGCAUCGAGAAAGUCGGCGAUCGCGUUCGCCUGUUUCUCGGCAUCAAGAAGCUUAGGACCAAGGCCUACGCCAACCAGAAGAAGCGAAAUAGGGACUCGUUUGGUGGCCUUGAUAUUCACGUCAUUGGCCCCUCUGGUGGCUCACCGCGCCCUCCUAAUACCGCCCGGUCCAUGCCUACUCCAGCCGCGAACAAGCGAUACUCGAGACAGAUUGACCUGUCCGGGUUUGACAUGGUUAAUGCCUCCUCUCGACCCAACUCUCCUCUACCCGGCAGUGAUGCCCGAGGUGCGAGGCAGCAAAGGUAUCCCCAAGGUCCUGGCUACCACGGCAGUGGGGGACCCGGCUCGGCGAGACAUGCGGGCUCGUCCCCAGAUAUGCCGACAAACCGUCUGGUAACAUCCCAUACGAGGAAUAAUUCCAGUAUGGAUGGUUCGCUGAUGGCUGCCUUACCACAGGGACAAGAUGUUAUUCGCGUUAUUUCGACAGGGGGUGUGACUAAAGUGGUCAAGAUCCUCGACUGUAAUACCUGCGAAGAAGUCAUGCGUGUAACGCUGCGAAAAUUCGCCCUGCGUGAAGAUCACGAACGAAACUACUGCUUUUGGGUUCUCGCCGGCAUCGACCCCGACCCUUCCCAAUGCCGACGACUUGGUGACACCGAACUCUGGCGCAUCAUCAAAGACCAACGUCGUCCCGAACGUAAUCGACUAAUCCUCAGGAGGGUUCCUGCCGGUGAACCUGGGGAUCCGGAGCUUCAGCGCGCUGCCGCUAUUGCUAUGGAGGAGGAACAACAAAAGCAUGCACGGGCUUUGGAGACGGUCGACAAGCGGAGUCAGCUCAAAGUUCAAAAGAUGUUGGGUGAGAAGUGGAACGACCAACUCCAGUCUCCCCUCUCUCCCUUGUCUUACCAAGACCGAGAACGGAACGUACAGACUGCGGCUCAGGACCUAGAACGACCAGCCCCGCCUGAUUCAUCUCAGCUUCAGCCACGCAAGGUUGGACUCAGACAGUUUGGCGGUCUCCGACCCCCAAGCGAGCUUAUUGCCUCUGACCUGACGUCCUAUUUCCCGGAUCACACCCGAGAGGAUAUUGACCGAACUGCCCGACUCUCUAUGAGAAGGUCGACGCGCCUGAGCAAGGUCAAUAGCCGGCUCAGUGUCGCCAGCAACCUCAGCUUUGCCUCUAGCAUCCAGGACGCUCCCCCGAUCCCAACUAUUGCUGAUUCAUGGUUGAAUGCCCACACUCAGGUGGCCAAGAUUCGUACCCGUGACUCUCACGUACGACCCCAUGGCUACAACCGUGACUCAGUGACAUCCUCGAUGCUAGACACGCUCCAAGAAGAGUCUCCUAUUGAGCCAAACCGCAAGUCAUAUGUCUCGUUCACGGAGAGCAACUCGGACACGACCGGGUUGAGUGUGACGGACCCCGAAGGCAACACUACAACCACCAGCUACUUUGACGGCGAUACAGUGUCGACCGGCUCGGGCUCCUUCCAGGAGUUACAACAGGCUUUGACAGAUGACGGUGAUGAUGCAGAUGAGGAACUACAGAGCUUCCUAGCAGGCGAGUCUUGGGAUGACAACAAGUGGAUGAAGGGCGCUCUCAUCGGACAGGGCUCCUUCGGCUCCGUCUACCUGGCGCUGCAUGCCGUUACGGGCGAGCUUCUGGCGGUCAAGCAAGUGGAAGCGCCGGCCCCUGGCGCCAACGGCCCGAAUGAUUCGCGCAAGAAGAGCAUGAUCGAGGCCCUCAAGCGGGAAAUCAGCCUUCUCCGCGAACUAAGACACGCCAAUAUUGUGCAGUACCUGGGCUGCAGUUCUUCCGUGGAACACCUCAAUAUUUUCCUCGAGUACGUUCCUGGCGGCUCCGUACAGACUAUGCUCAACUCAUACGGAGCCCUCCCGGAGCCUCUCGUGCGAAGCUUUGUGAGACAGAUCCUGAUGGGUCUUUCAUACUUGCACAACCGGGAUAUCAUCCACCGAGAUAUCAAGGGUGCCAAUAUCCUGGUUGAUAACAAGGGCACCAUCAAGAUUUCCGAUUUCGGUAUCUCGAAGAAGCUCGAGGCGUCGAACAUUCUAAGUGGUGCUAAUAACAACAAGCAUCGACCCUCACUUCAGGGAUCCGUUUUCUGGAUGGCGCCCGAGGUGGUCAAGCAGACGUCAUACACGCUCAAGGCGGACAUCUGGUCCCUUGGCUGUCUCGUGGUGGAGAUGAUGACGGGCAGCCAUCCAUUCCCAGACUGCAGCCAACUGCAGGCCAUUUUCAAGAUUGGAGGUGGCAAGGUUGCACCUACAAUUCCUGAGCACGCCAGCGAGGAUGCCAAGCUGUUCCUGGCCCAGACUUUCGAGAUUGAUCACAACCUGCGGCCUAGUGCGGAUGAGCUAAUUCUGAGUCCCUUCUUGGUGCCCAUUACCUAA